GCAAAAGAACACAAUAUUUUAGAUAGGUGAACUUUGAUAAGUUAAUCGUAUUCACAUAGAUAAAAAUUGGAUUCCAAUUAAAGAAUUAACAUCAAAGAUUAUUUGAACUUAUACUUAUAAGCAUAUAUUUGAAGAAAUGAUGCUUGUUAAGCAGAAUCAGGGUUAAUUAUAAGUUUAAUUAUUUAACCAAUCUCAGUUGCAGAGCAUGGUUAAUUUUCCUCAAUUUUAAGCUUAUGACAGAAAUUAUAAAGUUAGCAUGGUUAAUCAUAAAUAUGAAGUAGAUUCCUGCAUGAGUAACCAGAUAUAUUUAGAUAGUUCUUAAAGAAUAGGAUUUCUUAUGUCUUCUGAUUGAAAAUAUCAAUUAU